GGAGCCGGCUCAGAGUAUGCGCAAGGCGGCCAUCGUCACCUAUGCCGUGGGGAUCGGAAGCAACCUUGACCGUGACCAGUUGGACGUGAUUGCCGGAGUGCCAGACAACCUAUUUGUACUAGAUGACUUCAGCAUGCUGGACAACCUACGAACCACCCUGCCCACUCAAGUCUGUGACGCCUCUUCUAGUGAACAGAUUCUCAUCAGAAUCGUCAUCACAUCAGUGCGGUUUGACGUGUCUCUGUUGAACGGCAACUCGACAGCAUUCCGGACCCUGUUUGCCCAAAUCAACCGUGCCUUCAUCGGCUUCCUGCCAGGAGUCCCUGGAUUCACCGCACCUCUGGUGUCUCUCGCACCUGGUCCUGGUGAUGAUUCCGUGGUGGCCAUGUGUUUGGGAUCGGUACCAGCAUUUGCUUCCAACACCGUGAGAACUGGUCUAUUGAAUGUACCUGCACAGCUCAACAACCUGACUAUCGACAGGGCACUCACAAGUGUUGUCGCUGCACGUAAGUGCAUGGUGGUCUUUUUUCCUCAACAUGUUGUGUUUGGAGUCUGGUGUGUACCCUUUACCAAACUUGGCAGAUGCCAUGUAAAGAUCCAUUGGUAGAAUUAUAGUUAGUUGCUGUCUCAGUAUUUUUAU